UGGGCAAGGGGCUGGAAUCAGGUGUUGAAGAAUAAGAAGCCGCGUGUUAACGAGGCCUCCAAAACCUGGCAGCUUCUCUUUUAAUAAAUUCAUAUUUUACCAUUUCUAACUUCUACAUAUCCUAGACCUAAAUCUUCUCUACAUUGAAGUUAUAUGAACACUUGAGUAUAAUACAUUUAUUAGUUGCAUUCACAUCCAGCACAAGAUUACCCCUCAAUUACUUCUAGAAUCAUCAUGGCUGCAAAUCUUACUGUUCUAGUAAAGAACAUCAACGCUGAGGCGGAAGAUAAAGAGGUCAAAGACUUUUUCAGCUUCUGUGGCAAGAUUACUGAAAUCAAGAUCACGCCAGGCGAGGGCAACACCAAGGAUGCUAGCGUCACAUUCGAGAAAGAGACUGCCGCCAAGACCGCGCAGCUCCUGAAUAACACGCAGCUCAAAGGAUCGCAGAUUUCGGUAAUUCCCGCCGAUGGCAAGUCUGACGACGGUACUCCUCACACUACCAACGCCGAUCGCGACACGGACGAGAUCACCCAAGAAGAGAAGCCUAGAAGCCGUAUCCUAGCAGAGUACCUUGCUCACGGAUACGUUGUUGGCGACGCUGCUCUCCAGCGUGCGAUCGAGCUUGAUCACAGGCACGGCGUCACCAACCGCUUCAUGAACACUUUGAUGAACCUCGACCAGAAGUACCACGCUACCGAACGAGCUAAGGCGACCGACCAGUCGUACGGCAUCACCAACCGAGCCAACACCCUCUUCAGCGGUAUUAGUUCAUACUUCGAGAAGGCGACGAGCUCCCCCACGGGCAAGAAGCUAGUCAAGUUCUACACCGACGGCCAGCGCCAAGUCCAAGAUAUCCAUGCUGAGGCGCGCCGUCUGGCUGAUCUGAAGAAAGAGGAACAUGGCGGCAGCGCAUACAAAGCCUCUGGCCUGGAAAGAGUCUUCGGCAAGGAGACUGGCGGUGCUACCUCUUCGGUUCCCGCACCUGGCCCCCAAGCCGGCACAGCGCAAUCUGCCCCACUAGCCCCUACUGAGGCUAUUCCCGCUAAAGCACCCGGAACUGAGAAAUCAUAGGGAAUGAAAGGAAUAAUAGUGCUGUUACGACUUCAUGACUCGGGAGUGGAUUCUGUGUAGCUUUAUAUUAUUAAGCUAAUGCAAUGCGAUUGUGUCUCUGAUAAUAAUUGCAGCUUUUUGAAAUGAAAUAUUCGUGAUGAAUCUCCCCGCUGCGAGGGCUGAUUGUCAACUAAUUUUUAGGCGUCUAUGCCGUACCUAUGUUUAGUGAAGUGGCAAGCCUUAAAAUGGCGCUAAGUAUGUCCACGUCGGC